GAAGAAUGGUGUGAACAAGGAAGUUAAUAUUUUACAGGAAGCCAGUCCGGUAUCAACCGUCGUUUGGAAACAUUAGAUACCACAGCGGACGACGCGCCCGGGCCGCUGUCAUCAGCUCGUCGCACAGGAAAUCGACAAUACAACAAUCGGUCGGGAACUUGGAUGAGCAUGUAUGCCCCGCCGGGUCCUACUGUGCCUGGAGGCCGGAGGAGGAGAGGCGGCACCUCCAUGCCGAAGCAGCCGGAGCGGAGCCUGGUGUCCGCUUUGCCGGGAGCUCUGUCCAUCACAGCGCUGUGCACGGCUCUCGCAGAACCGGCCUGGCUCCGGGUUCAUGGAGGCACCUGUCCGAGACAAGAGCUGGGGGUGGCAGAUGUCCUGGGGUACAUUGACCCCAAGCUUCUGGACGAUUACUGUGUGAAUCCACAGACCAUCUUGCUGAUGAGGGUGAUCGCUGCCUUCUGUUUCCUGGGCAUCCUGUGUAGUCUGAUUGCGUUCCUCUUGGAUGUGUUUGGACCCAAACACCCUGCCCUCAAGAUCACACGCAGAUAUGCAUUUGCACAUAUUCUCACAGUGUUGCAGUGUGCCACCGUCAUAGGCUUCUGCUACUGGGCCUCGGAGCUCAUCUUGUCACUACAGCAGCAACACAAAAAGUACCACGGCUCUCUUAUAUACGUCACUUUUGCCAUCAGUUUCUAUCUGGUGGCAGGGGCAGGCGGAGCCUCUAUCCUCGCCACGGCUGCAAACCUCCUGCGCCAUUACCCUACAGAGGAAGAGGAGCAGGCGUUAGUGCUGCUCUCGGAGAUGGAGGACAGCAGUGAAACGUUCCCCGCUGACUAUGACAUUGCCAAUCAGUUUCAGCCACCGCCUGCCUACACGCCCUAAUGCCGCCUGAUUGGCCUUGUUAACCCUUGCUUCUUUUCUCAGCACCGCUAUUGGCUUGAUGAGCAAACCCCACUUUAUCAAAUGGAUAUCUUCGCAAAUACUCUGCAUAAUGAACACAGCGUGCACAGUCGGUGCACAAACUCCUUGACUGACAGUGCUUGAGUGCAUGAAAGCUUUCUUUUGUGAUGGCAGACAUUUAGGAGAUGAUUCUUACUUUCACCACUGAAGUUGUUAGUGAUUUGCAUGUAAAUGGCUUUUAGGAAUUGGUUCUUACAUGUAAAGCAAACUCAACUGCAAGGAGUGCUCAACAUGGCUCAUCAUAAGUAAUUGAUGAAACUGCCACAGCCUGAUCAGUGCCAAUUACAGUAUUGAGGCUGGGCUGUCGGCAGAUCGGCAGCAGUUGUAUUGCUCUGUUGGAUUGUGAAAGGAACUUUCUUAAGCAUAGUUUUGUUUUUAUUUCUGAUAUGCUUGCCCUGUGUAUGAUUUUUAUUUUCCUGAUACAUACAAAAUGGAGAAAUACAUGAAAGAUUUUUUUAGACAUUUCUUUCCUAUAAAUUAUCGAAUGGACCUGAUUAUUUAUUAAGUUGUCUGUGCAGACUUUCUUUCUUUUGCUUCGUAGACACCCUUCACUGGUUUAGUCUUAGUUAACCACAUCUUUACUUGAAAUAAGAAAAUUGUCGAAAUGUGACCUGUCUUUGUGGUGAUUUAAAAAGGAUCAUGGAAUGUGUAGUGUGUUGGAGAGCUAGCAGCCACGAAGAAAUUGAGAAACAUGGUUGUGUGUUUCACAAUAAGACAUUUAAAAACAGGAACCUCACUGCAUAAGUUGGUUGUCAUGUUUCUUGUAUUUAGAUUUUUUAAGAAGAAACCUUAUUUGUACUUUGAUUACCACAUGAGACCCUUUCCGUACGCGUUUGUUUUAUGCAUGAGUUCUUUUGUGUGCACAUUUUAAACCCUCCAGCAGAAUGGUAUGAGAACAUCUCGCAGCCAGUUGAGGCUUAAAUUUGUGAUUGAUGUGGUGACUCUAGUUGGUUGUAUAUUGUUCCGUUUACUCAAUUUUUGCAUUUUGUUUCUCAAAUUGUCAUCAUAUGCUUUCAUCACCAGUAUGUAAAUAUUGAUUGUUUCUACAAAAAGUGGUCAUAAUAAAUAUUAAUGCCAUCUUUUCCCCUAA